AUGUCACUCCACCGAAUCAUAUUUUCAGUGCUUCUAUACACGUGUACAGUAAACCCUGCGCCUCAGGAAUCCAACGUGACCUUUCUUAAGAUACAACCAUAUCAAGAAUACGUCCCCCUCGCCAGCAACCGGUCAUCUAGAUAUGAAAAUCAACCAAUAACAAUAAGCAGCUUUAAUAAUUUAGCAAAAAAUAAUUCAAAUGUAGACUCUGUCACGACAUUUAAUGCUGAAUACGACGCCAAAAUCGAAAUACUUAACCAAACAAGCAAUUUUUCGUUUGAAAAUAACGAAUUUUUGCGUCACGUUAGGAGCGAUGACAUCACAACCGAGUUCGACCAAUCAGAAACGACAACAGAUCAGGAUAUAAUUACCGAAGACGACAUCACAACCAUAAUUUUACCCAAAACAACGACUACUAUACGACCGGUACCGAAAUUUCUGCCCAAAUUAAGUUAUUUGAAAAAAUCGAAAAAGAAUAGCGUGUCUACAAACUCCUUAAACACGUUUAUUGUAAAAACAAAUAAACCUUAUAAAAGGAAGUUUAAAAGUAGAUGCAGGUGUGAGAAAAUAGAAAAUUGUCCGAAAUUACAAAUCACCGUUCCAAGGUGUCCUGAUGAAUACUUUCUGUGUUGCUUU